GAUCUCUUUGUGUGUAUGCACGGGGUGUUAGUGGGAGAGGGAGAGACGGCGACGUCGCACGAGCCCCCCUGCACUGGAGAAAAUUCGACUGCUUUAGUUCAUUAAGAAAAAUGGAAAAGGCUUAAAUCUACGUUAAAGUGUUGGAGGCGGAGGGAACUGAGCGUGGAUACAGCACUACGCGUCUUUUCUCCCUCCUUUAUUUCAGACAACGGGAACGGUCAAGUUGUGUGAGUAACGUUAUACUAAUCUUAACCUACAUUGUCUGGCCGUGUUUCUUCAUCCCGCGCACAUCCCGUCUUACAAACGCCCAAAAACAAAGCGAAGCGAGGCGAAGUUCUUCGUGUGGAUAUCACGGGAUGGAGCAGCCUCUCUUCUGAAUUUAACCGGAAGACACAAGAUUGGGUGAGAGGAGUGAAAAAGGACCGUGUAUAUCCAGCCUGAGCAGACGGUGAAAGCACACAGCUAUUAUGUCUGGAAGUGAAGACGAAAGGGAUGAUUUCGGACCAACAGAAGACCGGUCCAUGCUGCAAGAUGAAGAAUUAGAUGAAGACUUGUCGGAGAAUGAAGCCCCAAAGGUUAAGAAGAAGAAAAAAGCUAAGAAAAGCAGUCGUGAGGGCAAAAACAGCAAAAGGCAGCGCUCUCGUAGAGAGGACAUCCCCAUAAGUUCCCCAGAACCUGUGGAAGGACACGAAGUGGACGAAGUGGAUGAAGAUGGGGCCAGAGGGAGGUCUGAUAGUGAGGGCAGCGAUUACACACCUGGCAAAAAGAAGAAGAAGAGAGCCAGCACUUCUAGAGACAAGAAGAGAAACAGCGCAGGUGCUGAGAGAAACUCAGCUGCUUCCAAGAGGAAGGAGCCUGAGGAGGAAGAGGAUGAUGAUGAUGACGAUAGUUUAGAACCUAAGACCUCUUCUCAGUUGCUGGAUACCUGGGGCAUGGAGGAUAUUGACCAUGUCUUUACUGAAGAGGACUAUAGAUCUCUCACAAACUACAAAGCCUUCAGUCAGUUUGUCAGGCCUCUUAUAGCAGCCAAAAACCCUAAAAUUGCUGUCUCCAAGAUGAUGAUGGUGCUUGGUGCGAAAUGGCGUGAGUUUAGCACCAAUAACCCCCUGCGUGGUUCCGCCACUGCCAAUGCUGCUCUGGCAGCUGCAAAUGUGGCCGCUGCUGUGGAGAGCAUGGUGGCCGCUGAGGCACCGGCUGCUGCAGCGCCUGCUCCUGUUGAACCCCCACCUCCUCCAGCGCCUCCUGUUCGCAAAGCUAAAACUAAAGAGGGCAAGGGUCCUAAUGCCCGUAGGAAGCCUAAACCUGCCCCCAAACCUCAGGAAAAGAAGGUCAAGGCCAAGAAGGUUGCUCCUCUGAAGAUUAAAUUGGGAGGCUUCAACAGCAAGAGAAAGCGCUCCUCGAGUGAAGAAGAUGAAAUGGAUGUAGACAGUGACUUUGAUGAUGGCAGCAUGAACAGCGUGUCCGUGUCAGAUGGCUCCAACAGCCGCAGCAGCCGGUCCAAGAAGAAACCUAAGCCCAAGAAGAAGAAGAAAGCUGAUGAGGAUGCUGAUGGCUAUGAGACUGAUCACCAGGAUUAUUGCGAGGUGUGUCAGCAAGGAGGAGAAAUCAUUUUGUGUGACACCUGCCCCAGAGCUUACCACAUGGUCUGCUUGGACCCUGACAUGGAGAAAGCCCCAGAGGGCACCUGGAGCUGCCCACAUUGUGAAAAGGAAGGUAUUCAGUGGGAGGCUCGUGAGGAGGCCUCAGAGGGAGAAGAGGAAAAUGAAGCACCUGCAGGUGAAGCAGAGGAGGAUGACCACCACAUGGAGUUCUGUAGAGUGUGUAAAGAUGGAGGAGAGCUGCUGUGCUGCGACUCCUGCCCCUCCUCCUACCACAUCCACUGCCUCAACCCACCCCUGCCUGAAAUACCCAACGGAGAAUGGAUUUGUCCUCGGUGCACAUGUCCUUCUCUAAAGGGGAAACCACAGAAAAUCCUAACCUGGCGUUGGGGUGACCCACCACCACCUACCCCUGUGCCCCGACCCCCCGACCUUGCAGCUGAUGCUCCUGACCCUGCUCCUUUGGCUGGCCGACCCGAAAGGGAAUUCUUUGUCAAGUGGCAGAACAUGUCCUAUUGGCACUGUUCUUGGGUCUCUGAGCUGCAGCUGGAACUGCAUUGCCAGGUAAUGUUCAGAAACUACCAGCGCAAGAAUGAUAUGGAUGAGCCUCCGCCCAUAGACUUUGGAGGUGAGGGCGAUGAAGAUAAGAGUGAGAAGAGGAAGAACAAAGACCCUAUUUACGCCCAGAUGGAGGAGAAGUUUUACCGCUUCGGCAUCAAGAUGGAGUGGAUGAUGAUCCACCGCAUCCUUAACCACAGUGUGGAUAAAAAAAAUAACUGUCACUACCUCAUCAAGUGGAGAGAUCUGGCAUACGACCAGGCAACCUGGGAGUUGGAGGACAUGGAGAUCCCAGAAUUUGAGGCUUAUAAACUGCAGUACUGGAACCACAGGGAGCUCAUGAUGGGAGAUGAAGGCAAACCAAAUAAGAGAUUAAAGGUCAAAGGCAAGUCGAAAAGGCUGGACAGACCUCCAGAGAAUCCUGUUGUGGAUCCCACCAUUAAGUUUGACCGUCAACCAGAGUAUCUCGAUGCAACAGGAGGUACGCUGCAUCCGUAUCAGCUGGAAGGGUUGAACUGGCUUCGCUUCUCCUGGGCUCAGGGCACCGACACCAUCCUGGCUGACGAAAUGGGUCUGGGAAAGACAGUUCAGACUGCUGUGUUCCUGUACUCUCUGUAUAAAGAGGGUCAUUCCAAGGGCCCAUUCCUGGUGAGCGCUCCUCUCUCCACAAUUAUUAACUGGGAGAGAGAGUUUGAGAUGUGGGCUCCGGACAUGUAUGUGGUCACCUAUGUGGGAGACAAGGACAGCAGAGCUGUAAUCAGAGAGAACGAGUUUUCAUUUGAGGACAACGCCAUCCGCGGAGGCAAGAAGGCUUCUAGGAUGAAGAAAGAGGCCUCUGUGAAGUUCCAUGUUCUGCUGACCUCCUAUGAGCUAAUUACUAUUGACAUGGCUAUCCUGGGAUCCAUUGACUGGGCCUGUCUGGUGGUGGAUGAGGCCCACAGACUGAAGAACAACCAGUCCAAGUUUUUCAGAGUGCUGAAUAACUACCCGCUUCAGCACAAACUGCUGCUUACCGGAACUCCUCUUCAGAACAACUUGGAGGAGCUCUUCCACUUGCUCAAUUUCCUCACGCCAGAGAGAUUCAGUAACCUGGAGGGAUUCUUGGAGGAGUUUGCAGAUAUUGCUAAAGAGGACCAGAUUAAAAAGCUGCACGACAUGCUGGGACCACACAUGCUCAGGAGACUCAAAGCAGACGUGUUCAAGCACAUGCCCUCCAAGACUGAGCUCAUUGUCCGAGUGGAGCUCAGCCCCAUGCAGAAGAAAUACUACAAGUUCAUCUUGACCCGCAACUUUGAGGCCCUGAACACUCGAGGAGGAGGAAACCAGGUUUCCCUGCUCAACGUGGUGAUGGACCUUAAAAAAUGCUGCAAUCAUCCUUAUCUUUUCCCUGUUGCUGCUAUGGAAGCACCUAAGAUGCCCAAUGGGAUGUAUGAUGGCAGUGCCCUCACCAAGUCUUCUGGGAAACUCCUGCUGCUUCAUAAGAUGUUGCGCAAGCUGAAGGAAGGAGGACAUAGAGUUCUCAUUUUCUCACAGAUGACCAAAAUGUUGGACCUGCUGGAAGACUUCCUGGAGAAUGAGGGCUACAAGUACGAGCGUAUUGAUGGAGGUAUUACUGGGGCAAUGAGACAAGAAGCCAUUGAUCGCUUCAACGCUCCUGGUGCCCUUCAGUUCGUUUUCCUUCUGUCGACUCGAGCUGGUGGUCUUGGUAUCAACCUGGCCACAGCAGACACCGUCAUCAUCUACGACUCGGACUGGAACCCUCACAAUGACAUUCAGGCCUUCAGCAGAGCUCACAGAAUCGGUCAGAACAAGAAAGUGAUGAUCUAUCGCUUUGUCACCAAAGCCUCUGUGGAGGAAAGAAUUACUCAGGUUGCCAAAAAGAAGAUGAUGCUUACCCACUUAGUGGUACGACCUGGCUUAGGCUCUAAAACAGGCUCCAUGUCCAAACAAGAGCUGGAUGACAUUCUCAAAUUUGGCACAGAAGAGCUGUUUAAGGAUGAAGGAGAGGGUGAGAACAAAGAGGAAGACAGCAGCGUCAUUCAUUAUGAUGAUAAGGCUAUAGACCGGCUGCUGGACCGUAACCAGGAUGCUACUGAUGACACAGAGCUUCAGAGUAUGAAUGAGUACCUCAGUUCCUUCAAAGUGGCCCAGUAUGUGGUCAAAGACGAGGAAGAUGAGGAGGAAGAGGUUCAGAGAGAGAUCAUUAAGCAGGAGGAAAGCGUGGAUCCAGAUUACUGGGAGAAGCUGCUAAGGCACCACUAUGAGCAGCAGCAGGAGGACUUGGCCAGAAACCUCGGCAAGGGCAAGCGUAUCCGUAAGCAGGUCAACUACAACGAUGGAUCUCAGGAAGACAGAGACUGGCAGGAUGACCAGUCUGAUGGUCAGUCAGACUACUCUGUUGCCUCAGAGGAGGGAGAUGAGGACUUUGAUGAGCGUGCAGAAGCCAAUUCCCGCAGACCAAACAGAAAAGGUCUCAGAAACGACAAAGACAAGCCACUACCCCCCCUGCUGGCCAGAGUGGGAGGCAACAUUGAGGUGUUGGGUUUCAAUGCACGCCAGCGGAAGGCCUUCUUAAACGCUGUGAUGCGUUAUGGCAUGCCGCCCCAGGAUGCUUUCACAACACAGUGGCUGGUCAGGGACUUGCGAGGGAAAUCUGAGAAGGAGUUCAAGGCAUAUGUCUCGCUUUUCAUGAGGCACUUGUGUGAGCCCGGUGCUGAUGGUGCUGAAACUUUUGCUGAUGGUGUUCCACGGGAAGGGUUGUCACGACAACACGUCCUCACUCGCAUUGGAGUGAUGUCGCUGAUCCGCAAGAAGGUACAGGAAUUUGAGCAUGUGAACGGUCAGUGGUCCAUGCCUUGGAUGAUGGAGUUAGAAGAGAAUAAAAAAGCUGCGGCUGCUGCUGCUGCUGCUGCUGCUGGCAAUCCAGAUUCUCCAGGGAAAACUCCAUCCACUGGAACUCCAGCUGACACGCAACCCAACACCCCUGCUCCAGAAGAUCCUACCAAGUCUGAAGAUGCCAACAAAGAGACAGAAAAAGAGAAAGAAUUAAAAAAGGAUGGAGAGAAUAAGACUGAGGCCAGUAAGAAAGCAGACUCAGAGGUCAUUGCUAUUCCUGAUGAUGAUGAAGACGAUGAGAAAGCACCUUCGCCCGAUAAGCAGAAUGAUAAGGAAGAGAAAACCAAGGCCAGUGAAUCUACUACAGACAACGGUAAAGUAGAGAAUGGAGAAGACAAGGAAAAACAGACGUCGGGAGAUGCUGCAGAGCAGAAUAAGGCUUCAGAGGAAACAAAGACUGAAGGGUCUGAGGUCAAGAGCAGUGACGCAGAGAUCAAAGAUGAAAAGAAGGAAGUAGAGAAGACUGAGAAGAUGGACACCACCCCUGCUCCUGAGGAGAAGAAAGACCAAAAGGAUGAAAAGGAGGCUGGUAAGACGGAAGAACCAGCCAAACUGCAGAAUGGAGACAGUGCCAAAGAUGGAGGCGCAGCGGGAGUGAGUGAAGAGAAAAAGAAGGCCAAGACUCGUUUCAUGUUCAAUAUUGCAGAUGGAGGAUUUACUGAAUUACACUCCCUGUGGCAGAAUGAGGAGCGGGCAGCUACUGUUACAAAGAAGACCAAUGAGAUUUGGCAUCGUCGCCACGACUAUUGGCUUCUUGCUGGCAUUAUACAACAUGGCUAUGCUCGGUGGCAGGACAUUCAGAAUGAUGUUAAAUUUGCUAUCCUAAAUGAGCCCUUCAAGGGCGAGAUGAACCGAGGAAACUUCCUGGAGAUCAAAAACAAGUUUCUGGCCAGAAGAUUUAAGCUGUUGGAGCAGGCUCUGGUGAUUGAGGAGCAGUUGCGAAGAGCAGCGUAUUUAAAUAUGACUGAGGACCCUUCUCAUCCCUCCAUGGCACUGAACACGCGCUUCAGCGAAGUGGAGUGUCUAGCUGAGUCACACCAACAUCUCAGCAAGGAGUCCAUGUCUGGCAACAAACCUGCCAAUGCCGUCCUGCACAAAGUGCUGAAACAGCUAGAGGAGUUGCUGAGUGACAUGAAGGCAGAUGUCACCCGUCUUCCAGCAACCAUUGCCAGAAUACCACCUGUUGCUGUGAGGCUACAGAUGUCGGAGAGAAAUAUUCUGAGCCGUUUGGCCAGCAGAGGUCCAGAAACACAGUCCCAGCAGGUAUCUCAGCAGUAGCCUGCAUUAGGCUCUUCUCCACUUAACCCUGCCCCUAAAGCACCGCCCACCACCUCUACAUUCCUGACUGACACCAGAGGACAUCUCGCCUUAGCUUGAAACCACGCCCCUUUACCUACAAAUGGACAUGCCAAGAGCCUGUAGGCUAAAAUCUGGAGGAUGUGGAAACUGAAGCUAUUUUAUUUUCUUUUUUUUAUGUUCUUUAUUAAUAUUAUUGAUAUAAUGUUAUUAUGAUGGUUUUUGGGACCGAAAAUAAAAUGUAAUAAAGACUUUUGUCUCUCUUUA